AUGGAGUCUCUGGAGCCUCCACGGAUGGUUGGCGUCGGAGGAGGGCUGAACUCAAGGGAGCGCGACCGCCUGGUGAAGGCGAAUAUCCUGUACAUUGACGGGAGAGACCUGCACCGGAGUCGCAUGCUCGACUACACCCACUUUGGCAGAAAUGUAGAUGAAAAAGCACAUGAAAAUCGAAAUGAUCAAUCCAGCGCCUGCAAUAACAACAACAGCGUCCUCUCCCGUUACGUCCUUGAAAUACUUGUGUUCUUAUGCAGCUCAGACUCGUGUUUCUACGCCAAGAAGUUCGGAGUCCCCACACAGGAUUACCCGCAAACCCCCCAGGAUUAUAAUAAGCUGGGCGUCGUUGGGGCACCACUCUCACCACCAUAUACAAUUGAGCAGACUAUUUGGUAUGUGGUGAAAUGUCAGUAUCGGUUCCAAACAGACAGCAUGUACAAUCAGCUGGAGGAUGUUUGUGUUAGUAUUUUGAACCUUUCUCUGAUGGAUGCGCCACCUGGCAGCCAUCACUUGGGACCAGAUAUUCUGCUCGCUUCUCUUGAUGAAUAUCACUCCCGUUUGUUCGCGAAUUACUACAAAUGGUGCGACUACCUGGGGACCGCCCCUUUUCCCUGGAGGUCUCCGCCUUGGGUCGAUGACAGCUUUUGGGCUCAAGAUGCUCUUCAGGCAGCAGACGAGGCUGCUGACAGCGCCGGUUAUUCAAAAGCGAACUUUUGCUCCCCACAAACGCGCCAAGAACUCCAGCAGAUGAUGUUUGAAGUCGCCACGUUCAAGCUGCUUUGGGCAGAGGCGGCAAAUCUCCGCCAUACGCCUGAGCUCCUUUGCUGGUUGUUUCAUUGGCUCUGCAUGGCGUGGGACAAGAAGUACAGAGCUGAGGAGGAUUUCACCGACCUUAUCCGCGACGUUAUCCAACGAAUUCGUGACGAACAGUGGUACAUGGCGUCGUCUCUGCGAACCCCUGACCACAAUGCACGACUGAUCUACGACGACUUCAACGAAUUGUUUUGGAGCCGCCAGUGCCUUGAUGUCCUUCACCGACUCACCAAAGACACGGGGGUUUCUGAGGAAGGACCUGCACACAAAGUUGAAAUGAUGCAUCCUUCAGCGGACACCAAAUCAUUCUCAGACCAUCAACUUGCCUCAAGCACCAUCCCGGACCCUCAGAUGAAUCAGCGCUGUUCUAUGGGACCAUCUGUAUCGCGAGAAAAUCUGAAUUUUGUGCUAGCGGAGCUAUCUGGAGCGUCAAAGCCUGGAUCUGGAUUCAAAACCUUCGUAGAGCACAGAACAUACGCACAAGUUUUGCGCAAUUUUUGGCGUAUAUUUGCGUGGCACGUGACAACGUUUGCCGGCAUUUUCCUGCUCUAUGCUGUACUAGACGAAGCAGUGCAAUUGCCACAUCCGGUUGAUGUGUCCUCAGAAUCUUUCUAUUCUGCACAAAGGCAGUGGGCUCUCAUGACUCUUACGGCUGCGAUCUUCUUCCUGCUAUUUGGAGCUCUAUACGGGAGUAUUGAUGGCUAUAUUCGGCGCGUUGGCUACACAACAAACUGCCGAAAGAUCCAACAACGCCUUCUGCCUAUGCUUCCUCUCACAGCAGUCUUCCGUUUACCGGGAGAUAAGCCGAUGAUGGACAAAGGCCUGUUUAAAAGCAUGGUGUCUGGAAUACCGCAAGUACAGGGGUCUUUCCAGUUUUGGCGCACCAACAAUGUUGACCGCUACUGUCGGCGCGGGACAUUUUCUAGGAUGUCCACAAAUGCGCGAGAUAGACAACAGUGGUGUGCGCCACCUCCUGCUUUUGCACUGUCAAGCGCUCCUAACGACUUUCGAGACCUUUCUCUGCAAUAUGCAAAUACAGGUGAUCCCUACGUGAAUAUGGUGCCUCAAAGGAUGGCCCAUACCGUGACCAGGGCAGAUUUCCCAAGCUCAAGUGCAAAGGAAAAACACGAUUUAGUAGCAAUGAAGAGAUUCGGAUUUCUAUGGAACGAGAUUAUACAGAGUUGGCGUGAUGAAGACAUCAUAUGCUACGCCGAACAGGAGAAGCUUGAGUUCAACGAGCUACCCUGCAUCUUGCUGAAGAGAAACAGCCUGGCAGAUUUGUAUGUAGGUCGUGGAGGCGCGAUGUUAGAUUGGAGCCAAUCUGUUGUCCGCCACCCCGUUUACGUGUAUUGCAACGAGCUGGCUAGCUUCCUCAAAAGCUGCGAGGACUUCCACUUCCAGGCAAGCGGUGACAUGCUCCGUUUGUGCAGCAAGCAGCAGCUGGCUAGGACAUUUUACCGCGAGCACCUAUCAACAGAUCCAAACUGCAAGGACCCUAGGAUUUUGUCCGCCAGCGAAACCGAGUCUCUAGCAAAGGCAAACGCACAGCUGAAAAAGUCCAUGGUCAAUGAUAUUCCCUCUAUCUUUCCUGCUCCAAUACAGCGCGCUGAAGUGGCAGUCAUGAUUGAACAACUCAAAAUAGUGCUUCAGCACACCUCGCUAUUGCUCCUUGCCAGCGAAGAAGAGAGGAGUUCAGUGAAUGACGGUGGUGAGGCAUUACACGGCACAUGUGCAGCACGGCAGCACGACAAAGAGGCUGCACGCAUUCUAAAGGCUGAUGACCCAUCUUUCAAGUGCUCCGAAACUCAACGACGAUUCAGCACAUUUGUCAAUUCACUCCUCAUGAAAAUACCCGAGACACCCUUGGUACGCAAUAUGGUGUCGAUGAUGACCCUCACGCCGUACUACAGGGAAGAUACACGCCUCGACUUGCAGGACCUGGAGAAACGGACUGAUGAGGGCGUUUGCAAGAUGGACCUCCUUCGCAGUCUUCACCCAGUUGAGUUCGACAAUUUCAUCGAGAGAGUUGAUCGCGACAGGGACAUGUUUACUAUUAGACAAGAAAUAGAAGAUCGCGUUACGGAUUCACCAGAGCGGCGCAAUCUAGCCCUACAAGACAUCCGUACACAAAUGCAUCAAAGUGGACUGCUCCAUCGAUACGACCGAUUCUGUGAGAUGCUUCAAGAAUGGGCCUCUUAUAGGGGCCAGGUGCUGAUGCGCACAGUCUACGGCAUCAUGUACUAUGAACAGGCUGCAUUUAUAGAGGAAACACCUCCAGAGGAGUUGCACCUAUGCAGAGACUCAAACAGGCUUGAUGAAACUCAACUGGACAUUAUUAGGAGCCCAGAGGGGGCGCUGUGGAAAGAGGUACUCGGGUUUGCCCCUCCUUACGAAAUGAAGCAGUCAACACGGGAGCUCGCCCAGCUAAAAUAUCAAUAUGUUGUAGCUGCCCAGGAGUUUGGCACAGACUUGGGAGCGCAGCCUCCGACAAGCGGGUGUGAACCUUCUCCAUUGCUGCGCGCUCAGUUGCUUAGAAAGGUGGCUCUGUACAAGCUGCUAGUACGCUACCCAACCUUGCGGAUCGCAACACUUGAACAUGAACGCACCCCUGACGGCAGGCCUACAGGACACAAACUCAGUGUCCUUUACCGGCUAACGGCCGACAUGGAUCCCACUGGACAACGAAUUCCCUCUUCAAAGGCAACAACUAUCACAGAAAUGAAGGCUUCAGGCGGGUUCGUUCGCUCUGCAGACGGCGAACUGCUUCCCGCACGCAUUCCCAACCUUUUGAUUCCUGCCCCACGCCUACCUGUCUGUACGCCAGGAGCUAACAUGGGGACUGGAUCCACUGUUACAAUUAAACCCAGAUGCGGGGGCAGCAGCACAGGAGGGGAUCUAUCUGGCGAGGCCGCGUCCUAUCAAAACAGCAAAUCGCCUACUGGCUCUAGCGAAAAGCAAGGGUUGACGGCGCCGGCUGAGUCUUCGCAUAGCUCCCGGGAGCGCGAUAUCAGUGUGAGAAUUGAGCAGGAGGUGCCAGUUCGUCGGCGUGGUCAGUGCCGAAAAAGUGUCUGUACAACCAUUGCCGAAGGCACUCGGGAACUACUGAAACAGGGUUUCGUAAGCCUCAAAAUAAACGAACCUGCAUACGGUGGUCCUACAGCUUACGCGAUACUCAACACGGGAGGAUUUGGGCAACCUACACCGGCUACACUAGCUCCUGAAGCCCAGGCAGAAUUAAAUCCCCUUCUCCCUGCUGGAUCGUCUACCAGGGGUUCCGCGGGAAAGGGGAUAAGUGGAGGUGCCGGAAGCUUCGAAUCGAAGAUCACACGUGCUCUUCACUGGCUGCGCCAGAAAAAGGAAUAUGACCGGUCCCUGUUUGCUGCCCGGACACAAGCUGCGCUUCGCUGUUCACAUGCUUCUCGAGAGGCUGUGGGAGACUCGGAUUUGAAGAAUCGCUUAAAGGUGGUACAUCCUGAGCCAGCUGAAUCGGUAAAGAAGACUUACCUCUCCAUGUUCCGACAAGGGGUACAGCGUUGCCCGGAGGGAAACCAAAUGGGAGCUUCCUGUUGUGUCCUCAGUUCACUCAAUGGGGCCGGUCGCAUUGAUACCCUAGCAGAGUGUUCAGGAGAUUCAGGAGGUGCAGAAAACUCGUGGGUCAAAGGGUCUCAGACAGAUGUCCAGCUGUGUUCAGCUCCUCUUCACAAUGCAAGCCCACGCGCUCCCCCUACCCACACACUGGAAAGAGAAUAUUUCAAGAUUGUUUCAGAGGAAGAAGGGGACAGCGAAUCCCACAGCAACCCUCCAGCUCAGCGGAACCACUGUGACUCAACCAUGAGUAACUACCGUUGGAAAACCGACUCUGGAUUCCUGGCAUCCUGUUCCCCUGACGGCUGGAACAGUAUUGUUCCCAUGCCAACGCUCCUGGAGGCGCAGUUUGCUAGAGAUUUGGCGCGCGACUACAUGGGUCCCUUGGCGCCCAUUGGUUGUGCUGAAAAACCGCAAGCAGUAGGUGGUCAAUUUGGUUCUGUGUCGGGCAACAAGGUGAAUUACCCAGGUGGGCUCUGCGCGAAUUUUGACCCCUGCGCAACGCAAUCACCAAAGGGGCCUGGGGUUCGCUAUUCACACUCGAGAUACCCUACGGAUGCAUUAGCUGCAGAACACAGUCGCGGGCGGAGGCGGCAUUCCAUCAUCACUCUGCAGCCUAUGCAAGAGGGCUCGGCAUCAUGGAGUGCUCUUUCAACCAGGACCCACCGGCGACAACACAUAUGGGAUUCUGCUGCGUGGCCCGGGGAACAUGUGGCGGCCAGUAAAAGUGGCGGCGUCAAUAUUGGCAGUAAGAUGGGAUUAGGCACUGGGUCGCAUCCAACUCCGCUGGGAAAGCCGCUUUAUCGGCACGAGACCUCACAUCUAACAGAAUUCCAACUUUUUCCCAGCGUUCUAGAGACAAGCGGCGCAGGAAGAAGGGAGGACAGCCAAGAUUGGCAACGAUCACUCGACGUAAGAGCGGGAGGUGAGAAGAGCGAGGCUCGCACGAUUUCAUCAAGCGCCGCCACCCAUAGAAGCAGCAGCGUUGAGGCUCUCAGAGAAAGAGGGAUGUUGACAAUGAAGGAGCGCGUAGCCUUCUUUGAAGAAAAGCUAUCUCGCCACCAAGCGCGCAUGGAGGCAGAGGCUCAAAACUUAGUUAGACUUAGGCGAAACUCUGACCAAGAAGAAAUGACCUGGCCUUCACGUAGGGGUCCACUGAGGCUCGAGGCGAUUUACAAGAUUCGGCUGCCUCUGAUUGUAGACGAGUCAGGGACACCGUGGGGUCGCGCUCCCAUCAUUGGCCCGGGAAAACCUGAAAACCAGAACCACGCUAUUGCUUUCUCACGAAUGGACACUAUGCAGGUAAUGGAUAUGAAUAUGGAAUCAUAUCUCGAGGAGGCGAUGAAGCUUCGCAACUUGCUGCAAGAAUUUGCACUGAACGGGCGGAUGCGGAUUCUCGGCUUCAGAGAACACAUAUUUACGGAGAACGUUUCAAGCUUGGCCAGCUACAUGGCCCUGCAAGAAAAUCUUUUCACAACGACAAACCAGCGCUUAUACUUCACUCCUUUAAGAGUGCGCAAUGACUGCAAAAUUUAUCAUGGCCUUCUGCCGUUGGUGCGCAUGCACUAUGGUCAUCCUGACAUAUUCGACCGCUUCUUCGUACAGACAUGCGGCUCUUGUUCAAAAGCUUCCAACGGAAUUAACCUUUCAGAAGACGUUUUUGCUGGUUUUAAUUGCACCGCUCGAGGAUAUUGUGUACACCACGCGGAUUACAUACAGUGCGGCAAGGGGCGUGAUGUCGGUUUGCAACAAGUUGUUAUGUUCGAGAAGAAGGUUGCUGGGGGAAACGGUGAACAAGUACUUAGUCGCGAUCUCAACCGUCUUGUUUUAAACAUGGACUUCUUCCGAGUGUUGUCCUUAUGGUUUACCGGCCCUGGUUUCUUCUUAAACUCUGUUAUUCUCGUCCUGGCUGCGUACGUGUGCUUGUACACCAAAUGUUUCUUGGCGUUUGCAAGUGCGUUCGAAGUGAAGAUUCCUCAGACAAUAGUGCCCUUUGAGUACAACUACAGUGGGCCGAUUGAAAACGCACUAGAAUAUGUGUUGACGCCUUCCACGUACGUUCAGUUCCAGCUUGGAAUGCUGCUCGUGCUACCGCUCAUACCCUGGCUAUUUUUAGAAAAGGGUUUUGCAGCAGCACUGCGGAAGCUUCUCGACCUGAUAAGCAAGUUUUCUGUGACGUACUACAACUUCAUGACCUGCACAAAGGCGUCCGUCAUAGACCACGUAUUGAUUUAUGGAGGAGCCAAGUAUCAGGAAACUGGCCGGGGAUUUGUUAUAGAGAGAGCAACCUUGAAGGACAUUUGGAUGUUCUUCUAUUUCACUCACUUUUCCAUAGGACUGGAAAUGUUCGUCCUGUUGAUCAUAUAUGCAACGUACGCUGGGCUUGAGGUUGGUGUACUUUUUCUCGACACGUGGCCAAUUUUGCUGAUGGCGGCUUCGAUUAAUUCUGUGCCGUUUAUUUUCAACCCCUUGGGUUUUUACUACCCGAGACUGCGGCAGGACUUCGCGAGCUGGAAUGCGUGGCUGUCAUCCCAAGUAGGUGUUGUCCCAUGGAGGGAAUUCCAAGAGGCUGCCCGCUGUGCACCUGUAACCGCAUGGCCUAGCUCCAUACAGUCUGCAGAUGUAGACUGCGCAUUGUAUCUGGUAGCAGCAUCUGGACUUUUCGCCACCAUUAAAGCAUUACUAGGGGACUUGCAAAUGCUUUGCCCGUCUAUGAAGGCGUGGCUUUCUCUCCUUCUUGUCACUGGGACAACAGCGCUGCUUUUCUGGCUCGUCACAACCAAGAAAGUAUCACUAUCUUCAAUAAUCGUUUCACUGUUUGCUCUCUGCCUGUUCAUCUACGGGGUAAUCGAAAUCGCCUUCGCACUUCUGGACCGGUGGGCAGUCCGCAACGAGAUGCUGUCAGAUGUGGUCCGGAUGUACCACAGAUGCGCGGGGUUCUGCACGUUUGCGCCACUGUUGGUCCUGUCUGCAAUUACCACCAGCGUGCACCAUCUGCAAACAAGAAUCCUUUUUAAUCCGACUUUUGUCUCCAUCGUUAAAAGCGGCUUAGUGCAACGCGAACAAGUUGAGAAGAGUGGCCGCGGCCACAGUUGA